CCGGAGCCGGGAAGAGAUGGAGAUGAGCGCGGCGAAGGUGCUCGUGCUGGCGCUGCUGCUGGCCGUGGCCCGCCUCGCCCCGCCCGCCAGCGCCCAGGCGGAGCACGAGGGCCCAGCAGACGACUUUGUUGCCCCAGGGGAGACCAGUGUUGAUGAUGAUGACGAGGACAUUGAUGAUUAUGAUGAAGAUGAUAGUUCAGAAAUAAAAGAGGAAAAUGGUGUUGUCGUAUUGAAUGAUGCAAACUUUGAUACUUUUGUUGAAGGCAAGGACACUGUGCUUUUGGAGUUCUAUGCCCCAUGGUGUGGGCAUUGUAAGCAGUUUGCACCAGAAUAUGAAAAAAUAGCCCAAGCAUUGAAAGAAAACGACCCUCCCAUCCCAGUUGCCAAAAUAGAUGCUACAGCAGCCUCCACGGUGUCAGGGCGGUUUGACGUGAGUGGCUACCCAACCAUCAAAAUUCUGAAGAAGGGGCAGCCUGUGGAUUAUGAGGGCUCAAGAACAGAAGCAGAAAUUUUGGCUAAAGUGAAAGAAGUUUCGCAGCCUGAUUGGGUCGCACCACCUGAAGUCACAUUAGUGUUGACCAGCGAAAACUUUGAUUUAGUCGUGAACGAGGCUGACAUAAUCCUGGUUGAAUUCUAUGCUCCAUGGUGUGGACACUGCAAGCGGUUGGCUCCAGAAUAUGAGAAAGCAGCUAAGGAGUUGAGCAAGCGAAUGCCUCCAAUUCCCCUUGCUAAAGUUGAUGCUACUGCUGAAACCGAUCUUGCUAAGAGAUUUGACAUUUCCGGAUAUCCAUUACUCAAGAUCUUCCGCAAAGGCAAAGCUUUUGAAUACAAUGGUCCAAGAGAAAAAUACGGCAUUGUUGAUUACAUGAUAGAACAGGCUGGCCCUCCAUCCAAACAGAUACAGGCUGUCAAACAGGUACAAGAAUUUGUGAAAGAUGGAGACGAUGUCAUUAUUAUUGGGGUUUUCAAAGGAGACCAGGACCCAGCCUACCAGCUGUAUCAAGAUGCUGCUAAUAACCUAAGAGAAGAAUUCAAGUUCCAUCAUACCUUCAGCAAUGAAAUUUCAAGCUUUUUGAAAGUGGACCCAGGAAAACUGGUGGUGAUGCAACCUGAAAAAUUUCACUCAAAAUAUGAGCCUAAAAUACAUGUUUUAGACAUUAAAGAUUCCACUGAUGCCACUGAAGUGAAAGACCACGUGGUGAAGCAUGCCUUGCCUCUUGUGGGUCAUCGCAAAUCUGCCAAUGAUGCUAAGAGAUACACCAAGAAGCCUCUAGUAGUAGUUUAUUAUACAGUGGACUUCAGCUUUGAUUAUCGUGUUGCUACUCAGUACUGGCGAAACAAAGUCUUGGAAGUGGCUAAGGACUUCCCAGAAUAUACUUUCGCAAUUGCGGAUGAAGAAGACUAUUCUUCUGAGAUAAAGGACCUGGGACUUGUUGACAGUGGAGAGGAUGUCAAUGCUGCUAUCUUUGAUGAAGGUGGUAAAAAGUAUGCCAUGGAACCAGAAGAGUUUGAUUCUGCUGUGCUGAGGGAAUUUGUUGUCUCAUUCAAAAAAGGUAAACUGAAACCCAUUGUGAAGUCCCAACCAAUACCAAAAAAUAACAAGGGUCCUGUGAAGAUUGUAGUUGGCAAAACAUUUGAAUCUAUAGUGAUGGAUCCAAAGACUGAUGUUCUCAUAGAGUUCUAUGCUCCCUGGUGUGGACACUGCAAGAAGCUUGAGCCCAUUUAUACUGAGCUGGGUAAAAAAUACAAAACUCAGAAAAACCUGGUCAUUGCCAAAAUGGAUGCUACUGCCAAUGAUGUCACCAGUGAAAAUUACAAAGUAGAAGGAUUCCCAACCAUCUAUUUUGCUCCUAGCAAUAAGAAAAGGGAUCCAAUUAAAUUUGAAAGUGGAGAAAGAGAUCUGGAAAGCUUGAGCAAAUUUGUAGAAGAAUAUGCCACCAAACUAAGUAGGACAAAAGAAGAACUUUAGAUGGAACAACAAUCAUUUGUGAAGAGUUAAUGCAAACUUACUGAAAUAUUGAUUGUGGAAAACAACUUAGCACCUGGAGCAAAGAGGAUUUGGGGGUGGCUAAACAAUGCUGUAUGAGAUUUUUGUAUUACAAAAGAAAUCUGAACACUGAACUUUUUGAUGUAAAUGGUUUUUAUUAGUUUCAACA